GAGGGAGGGGUAAGACAGAUAGAGAGAGCGGGCGAGUGAAGGGGACGGAAGGAAGGGGAGAGAGUGUGUGAGAGAGAAAGAGAGAGAGAGAGAGAAAGGAGGGGGAGCACAUGUGUAUGCUUGUCACUAAGGGGCUGGGAGAAGGACUACGGGAAGCGAGGUAGCUGGCCACAGCCGCCAUAUGCUGACUGGAUUCCUGUUCAUGUCUGCUGUGUGAAGGCUGUAGGUUUCUGCUUUGUGCUGGCCGGCCGGGGAACACACCAUGGGAAGCUCACAUCUCCUCAACAAAGGCAUGCCUCUAGGCAUCAGGCCACCCAUUAUGAACGGGCCCAUGCACCCGCGCCCCCUGGUGGCGCUGCUGGACGGACGCGACUGCACGGUGGAGAUGCCCAUCCUGAAAGACGUAGCGACCGUAGCCUUCUGUGACGCUCAGUCCACACAGGAGAUCCACGAGAAGGUGCUGAAUGAAGCUGUAGGAGCUCUGAUGUACCACACCAUCACUCUGAUGAGGGAAGACCUGGAAAAGUUUAAAGGUCUGCGCAUCAUUGUCCGCAUCGGCAGCGGCUACGACAACAUCGACAUCAAAUCUGCCGGGGAACUGGGCAUAGCUGUGUGUAAUAUGCCAGCGGCAUCGGUGGAGGAGACGGCGGACUCGACGCUGUGUCACAUCCUCACUUUGUACCGACGCACCACCUGGCUGCACCAGGCGCUCCGGGAGGGCACGCGGGUUCAGAGCGUGGAGCAGAUCCGAGAGGUGGCGUCAGGAGCUGCGAGGAUCCGAGGAGAGACACUGGGACUCAUCGGGCUCGGUCGAGUGGGCCAGGCUGUAGCCCUGCGAGCCAAGGCCUUCGGCUUCAAUGUGAUCUUCUAUGACCCUUAUUUGGCUGACGGGGUAGAAAGAUCCCUGGGACUGCAAAGGGUCACCACACUACAGGACCUGCUCUUCCACUCCGACUGUGUCUCCCUGCACUGCAGCCUCAAUGAACACAACCACCACCUGAUCAACGACUUCACCAUCAAACAGAUGCGCCAGGGGGCGUUCCUGGUGAACACGGCCAGGGGGGGUCUGGUGGAUGAGAAGGCCCUGGCUCAGGCCCUGAAAGAGGGGAGGAUACGUGGCGCUGCUCUGGAUGUCCAUGAGACCGAGCCUUUCAGUUUCAGUCAGGGCCCGCUGAAGGACGCUCCCAACCUGAUCUGCACCCCACACGCUGCCUGGUACAGCGAACAGGCCUCGCUGGAGAUGAGAGAAGAGGCUGCCAGGGAGAUCCGAAGGGCUAUCACAGGUCGUAUCCCGGACAGUUUGAAGAACUGUGUGAAUAAGGAGUUCCUCUCCCAGAAUAACCACUGGGCAGGUGUUGACCCAGCUACCGUUCACCCCGAGCUCAACGGGGCUUAUAGGUAAUAAUCAUCAGGAUAAAGAAACCAGUAGUGGUAUCCCCCAGGAGUGGUGAGCUUGCAAGCUGGCGUCCUCCUGCCACCAGUUGAAGGCAUCGUGCCCAGCGCCGUGCCCAUCACACACACCCUCCCGCCCUCCGUCACACACCCUCCUCAUGCCCCGUCCCCCGGACAAAAUACAGUCAAGCCACCAGAGGGCGACAGAGAGCAGCAUCCGAAUGACCAACUGUAGCCACAAACACACACACACACGCACACACACACGCUUGCCUGUGUUGUCUGGUGACCGGAGGAGGUUGGCCUGGCAACCAGGAUCAUAGCGAUAAGCUCCAUAGUGACGAGUUGUCAUCAGACAGGUGGUGUCAGACGGACAGGUUGAGGUCCGAGUAACAAUCGAUUCUAAACACUCUGGCAAAUUGGUUCCCAGCAGCCGGUUCAUACUCCAAAGAAGAAGAAAAAGAAGAAAACAAUGAUGGUAACGAUAAGGAGGAUGAUGAAGAGGACUGGAUAGCUGUCAGGUGCCCCAUUCAAAGAGCAAGACAGUUGUCCUCUGCUCCAAACAGACUGCAAGGAUCCUUCAAGGAUGAUCUUCACACGACAACUACAGUAGUCGAGUUACUGCCAGAGGUAAAAAAAAAUUAACAAUAACAUAUAUCUGUUGAUUUGGGAAGAAAACGUUCUGCAUAAAAUUCUGCUGUCUUAGACUGUAGUGUGUCCAAAGUUAGAGGGGCAGGUUUCAUGUCUUUCUCUCUUUUUCUGUGUCCUUUCCUUAGUUUGAUGUACAAGCAAAAGUAAAAGUAGUAGGUUAUGAAAUGAAUGUAACCUGUCUGUGUACAGUUUUUAGACUUACGGCAAGAAGAUACUGAUAUUUGGAUGCCAGUCUUAACAAAAACAAGGGUUGUGUGAUCUCUCUAUGUAGCCAAACUGGUUUGAGAAUACAAUAUCUGUUUUUUGUUUCGUUUUAUUGUCCUCAAAUUAACAAGCCCCAAGCCCUCCCCACCCCCUCGAGAAAAAAAGAGGCAGCUUUUUGCACACCAUCUCAGGAAAUUAAGUUUCCGCAGUUGGUAUAUUAUUUUUUAAAUUUGUUUUAAAUAUACCUUUUUAUGCCACUUAGUGCUUUUGUUUUUCUACCUGCUUGCCUUUUCGUGUCCUGCUACAUUAGAUGCAAAGAACUUUAACGAGAGCUUAAUUUGAUCUAAUGUUUUUUGUUGUUGUUUUGUUUGAUAUGUUUAAGGGGCAUGCGAUUUUGCUCUUGGGACUUGUUUGUUAAAUGUUUGACCCAUAUCGAGGGGGUUGUGGGAAGAAAGGCUGUCGGGAGGUGGUGUAAUGGUAUGCUUGGUCGGGUUAAUUGCUUCAAACAAAGCAGGUUAUGUACAAGGCAAUGCACUGAUAUUUUGUAGCAGGUCAUUAUUGUGGUCUUCACGUCUAAACAUCCAGUGCUUCCACCAUUUCACACAUUCAUUGUCCAAAUCACCAGACCAUAAACAGCACGGCAAGGUUUACAAAUGAUGCGCAACAUGUUGCUUCUGUCAAAUCAGAAGUCGUGGGAAAAACUCUAUUAAUCAGUUAUUCAAAUGCUUUGCUCUCUGCCAAAAACAUUUUUGGGUUCCUAUUUGAAGUUAAACUCACUUGUACAGAUGUCUCAUCCAGUAAAAGAACAGGUAAUGGUUACCGACUGAUGAGGAACAGCUAUGUCCUUGAAAUUGACAAAAAUGUCUAAUAUUUCUCAUCCGCUACCAAAUGGACCUGUCAAGACUUUAAAAAAAAAAUACUCAAUGGCCAGUUUGACCAGCGAAGACGUUUCACGACGUCGUUUUCUUUUAGUCUCGUAUUCCUUUCACAUUUCACGAUGGGUCCUUCCUGAGUGUACCGUUUAGCCGCCCUCUGUGGCCUCUGUGUCUAUGUGUACAUAUGGUGUUCUGCCUGCCUGUGUCAAUGUGACUUGGUUGUAUCUGUGUCUGAAAAAGCAGCACUGGGAGAAGGGGCGGUGGCUAGCACUCUCCACAAGGCAUCAUUACAAAAAAAACUGCCAUCACGAAACGCUGUAAAAACACGAAAAAAAGAGCUUCGGACUAGACUUCAAAUCCAAGGCAGCAAACUGACCCAGCGAUCGAUGCGUUCACUGUUGACGUUCUCAACAAGUAAACAAGAUGCUGUUACGUCAACACGGUCUGAAAGUCUUUUUCCGUCUGGUUUCACUGAUUCCAGGUCAAGUGUUGUUGAUGUUAGCAGGACAGCUAAGUGACGGUGCUUUUUGGAUCCCCUUCUACCAGCAGCUGAGUAGUGAAAAACAGUCCACUGUUGCCUGCCUGGUCUUCUCCACGGUGCGGUAGUAAAAGUAGCAAUCAGGGAUGGAAAUUUCACGACCCAUUGUACCCAGUAUGUCUGCGUUCUCACUGGCUAGUAAAGAAGUUACUGAGGUGAUGUUUAAAUGUCACUGUCGUUAUGUGGGGAGGGAAAACUCUUUGCUAAUACUUCCUGAUACAAACUGUAAGCAUUCCUCAUUCAAACUGAUGGGGGCCACAAGCAAAAACAACAGACACGCUUUUAAAAAGGACAGCCCCCCUCGACCAAAAGAAAAUGUAAAAUACAUGUCUGACCUGUUGACAGCAGUACUAUUUAUCAAUCUAGAUUGUGUUAGUUUUGGAAAUGUCAGCUGUAGAGGUGCCUGCCUUCUCUCAAACAUAAUGGGACUGUAUGGCUCUCGGCUUUUGGGGCUCAAAGCGUCAAAACAAAUACAUUUGAAAAACCUGGUUACUCAAAAUAGUCCACAGACCUGGUUGUAAGUAGUUUCAUGUAGGAUAUCCAACAUAAGUUCCUACAAUAUUUGAUAAAUAGCACGACAGGUAAGAUGUGUAUUUUUGAUUUUAGGGUGAACUGUUUAAAGUGUCGAGGUGCUCUCUGAAAUUCCAUCCCUGGUAGUAACACACAGUUUACUGUUGCCUACCGUGGUCCCCUUUAUGGUAAAGUAUUAGGCGUAGCAAUAUACAGUAUACAUAUUCUAUAUUCUACAGUAAAUAUCAUUAUUUUUGGUCAAAACUGACAACCUGACAAAGAUAUGUUUGUGACUGUAUGCAUUUGUAUGAAUUAUUUUAAAAAGAAAUAAACUGUGGAAAGGUGAA